CCUAAGGACAAGCGAGGAGCUGACUCAUUGUGACAAGGAGACCCCAGGGAACGGACUGUAUAAGGUCAGAACUUCGCCCGGGCUGGGGUACAGUGGGAACCCAGAAGCCCCCUCCCUGUCCCUUCAGGUCUCGCCCUCCCAUCAGCACAGUGACCAAUUUGGCUGGCACAGCGUGUUCCCAGGGAAGCCGGGCACUGGAGGUCCAGGUCGCCGCGUCUGAUCCCCGCUCCGCGGCGCGCCCUAGGGGCCGGGGAGUCAACGCCCUGCGCUGGGCGGGCUCUAACCAGCCUGUCAGUCGAGGAAGGGCAGGGGUCUUCUCUACCUCUUUACCACCGCGGCCGGGAGAACCACGGCCCAGCUUGUCCUCGAGUCGGGGCGCUGGACUCCCGGGCAAGAGCGGAGCCUACGCCUGAGUGGGAGGUGGGGAGAGAUCCUGUCUUUGCGGCGUUGGUGGCGUUUCUGGGGGGCACGACACUGCUCAGGGCCUCCAUCAGCUGCCGCCGGGGUUCGGGGUGCCCCGACCUAGCCCAGAUUCCCUCUCCGAAAGCGACAAGACUGAGCGGAGCAGCGGGGUGAGCGCCGCCGCCGGGCGCGGACCACGGCACGUCCUCUCAGUCCGGAAUCCCCGGGGGACACUUGCGCCCUCUUAGUGCAGAAAAACAUCUAGGGGAUGGGUUUGGAACUUGGGGCGCCUAGACAGCUUCCCGUCUCCUUCCCUCGCUCCACGUCGUGUUUUUGGGAGAACUUCCGAGAGAUUUUGUUUUCGUUGCUCCCGUCUAUUUUUAUUUUCCAGGGAUCUGACUCAUCCCGUGCUUUGGGCGUGGAGAUAAGGUGGAGGGGCCAGCUCUCGGCGCGCGCGCGCGCGUGUGUGUGUGUGUGUGUGUGCGCGCCCGCGCGCCCGUGUGUCUGUGUCAGAGACGGCGCAGGAGCGCGCGGUUUCGCAACAGCGGCGGGAGUUUUGGAAGCCUGGCCUGCCCAGCGUGACGUGUUCGCGGCCCUCCGGUCCCCUCCCAUUCUCCCUCUCCCCACCCCAGUGUGACGCGCAGCCGGAGUGGAAGCGGAGUUUUGGCGGGGGCGGGCAGCGCCUUGCGGGAAACUGACUCAUCGCUACUCCCCCGCUGUCCAAUGCUCUGCCCACGUACCUCCCACCCCGCGCGUGAUUUCCUGGAGGCCGGCGCCCCCUCCCGGCCCUGGCACCAUGUCAGAACAGGCUGGGGAUGUCCGUCCGAACCCAUCCAGCAGCAAGGCCCGCCGCUGCCUCUUCGGCCCAGUGGACAGCGAGCAGCUGAGACGCGACUGUGAUGCACUGAUGGCAGGCUGCAUCAAGGAGGCCCGUGAGCGAUGGAACUUCGACUUUGUCACUGAGACACCACUGGAGGGUGACUUCGCCUGGGAGCGUGUGUGGGGCCUUGGCCUGCCCAAGAUCUGCCUUCCCAAAGGGCCCCUGGGAGGAGGCAGGCGGCCUGGCACCUCGCCUGCUCUGCUGCAGGGGACAGCGGAGGAAGACCACGUGGACCUGUCGCUGUCUUGCACCCUAAUGCCUCACUCAGGGGAGCGGCCUGAGGAGUCCCCAGGUGGACCUGGAGACUCUGAGGGUCGAAAACGGCGGCAGACCAGCAUGACAGAUUUCUACCACUCCAAACGCCGGCUGAUCUUCUCCAAGAGGAAGCCCUAAUCUGCCCAGUCCUGGAAACGCGAGGGCCUCUACACCUUCUGCCUUAGUCUUUCAGAUUGUGUGUCUUAAUUAUUAUUUGUGUUUUAAUUUAAACUCCUCCUCAUGUAUAUAUCCUGGCUGCCCCCUGUCCCCCAGCCUCUGGCAUUAGAAUUAUUUAAACAAAAACUAGGCAGUCGAGUGAUAGGUUCCUCGGAGUGCUGGGCAUUUUUAUUUGAUGAAAUACUAUUUAAAACCUUCUCAUCCUAUUUCUCCGUGUCCUCUGUCUUGGAGGUCGGGUGGGCUGGCUUCCCCCAGUUACUUCCUCCUCCUCACUUGUCUGCAGAGUGGCAUAGCACCCCCUGGAGGGACGCGGCUGCCUCCCCUCGCUGUCACAGGGGGUUAUGAAAUUCACUCCCUUUCCUGCACACUCAGACCUGGAUACCUUUUCAUUUGAGAAGUAAAGAGAUGGCACUUUGAAGGGGCCUUGCUGAGUGGGGGCAUCAUCAAAACCUGCCCCGCCCAAUCUUAGAGGAGGGCCCUUGACCUCUAAGGUCGGGUAGGGUGACCCUGAAGUGAGUGUGGCCUAGAGCAGGGCUGGGGACCUGGUACCCUCCUGCUCUUGAUGCCCCCCUCUGUCCUGUGAAGGCAGGGGACCUUCCCGCCUGCCCUCAUGGCCCCUCUGACCCGCACUGGGGAGCCGGCCUCAGUGUUGGGCCUUCUCCCUCUUUGGCUCCUCCUGUACUUUUUGAGGAGCCCAGCUACCCCUCUUCUCCAGCUGGGCUCUGCAGUUCCCCUCUGCUGCUCUCCCCCCUCCCUGUCCUUUCCCUCCAGUAUCUCCUCAGCUCCAGGUGGCUCUGAGGUGCACAUCCCUACCGCCCCCGCCAGCUCAAUUGACUGGAAGGGGAAUGGACACACAAGAAGAAGGGCACCCUAGUUCUACUUCUGGCAGCUCAAGCAGCGACUGCCUCCUCCUCUUUUAGCUCUGGGAGUGAGGGUCCUGUGUGGUGGCACAGUCCCCCUUGAGUGGGGAUCACUGUAUGUUAGGAGUAUGUGAUGGGGGAGUGGAUCUUUCUAGGAGGGAGACGCCAGCCCCUCAAAUCAUCCGGCAACCUUUCCUGUCCAUGCCAUCCCUUUCCAGUUCAUUGCACUUUGAGUAGCAGCUGAACAAGGAGUCAGGCUUUUUUUUUUUUUUGAGAGAGUCUCACACUGCCUGGGCUGGGCUGGAGUGCAGUGGUGCAAUCUCAGCUCAUUGCAACCUCUGCCUCCUGAGUUCAAGUUAUUCUUCUGCCUCAGCCUCCUGAGCAGCUGAAAUGAACUAAUUUUUGGUAUUUUUAGUGGAGAUGGGAUUUCACUAUGUCGUCCAGGAUAGUUUCAAACUCCUGGCCUUGUAAUCUGCCCACCUCGGCCUCCCAAAGUGCUGGAAUUACAGGUGUGUGUGCACACCCACCUGUGGUCAGGCAUUUUAAGAAGGGGGCAGUAGAGGUUUUGACAGGGCAUGCCAUGUCGGCUCAUGUGUGAUGGGUGUGACCCCAAACACCUUCCAGUUCUUGUAACAUCCUGGCCUUGACUGUUUUCUCUCGGGCUCCCCAGUUUAGGUGGUUCUUCUGUGUCUCCACCUAAAAUGUAAACCUCUCGAGGUCAGGGACCAAACCCUGUACUGUUCCGUGCUGUUCACAGCUCCUCCUACAUGCUGAAUGUACAACAGGUGCUCAAUAAAUGAUUCUUGGCAAUCUUA